AUGGGUCCCAAUGAAUUAGAUUACGAUUUCGAUGAAAAGCUUCCAGUCUUAUUCAACGAAAAACAUUUAGAUCAUCUAAAUGAUAAAUUGUCUAAACUACCUCCAAAAAAAAUUCUUGAAUGGGCUAUAGUCUCUUUACCCGGAUUAUAUCAAACAACGGCCUUUGGUCUCACAGGCCUCAUUAUCCUCGAUAUGAUUUCUAAAAUCAGUUAUGAAUAUGCUGAAGAAUGUGCAGCAACACCACAACACUUGGUUCCUCUUAUCUUCAUUGAUACUUUACAUCAUUUUAAUGAGACUCUAGAAUUGGCUAAUCGUGCAGCUUCUCAUUAUCGAGCCCCAUUACAUGUUUAUAAACCACCAAAUUGCGAAACUGUUCAAGAUUUUGAACAACUUUAUGGCAAAAAAUUAUGGGAAACUGAUGAUGCUUCCUAUGAUUAUUUGGUCAAAGUUGAACCAUCAAGAAGAGCUUAUAAAGAAUUAGGUGUUUCAGCAAUUAUCACAGGUCGUCGUAGAAGUCAAAAAGGUGACCGUGAAAAUAUCAGAAUCUUGGAAAUAGAAAGUGGAACUGGCUUAAUAAAAUUGAACCCUCUAGCUUUAUGGGACUUUCCAACAGUAAAAGCUUAUAUUCGUGCAAACGAGGUCCCAUAUAAUCCAUUACUUGACAAAGGUUAUCGUUCAAUUGGAGACUGGCAUAGCACAAAACCUAUUAAUAGUGAUUCAUCUAAUGAACGUGAUGGAAGAUGGGAAGGAAAAACUAAAACUGAGUGUGGUCUACACAAAGAUUACUUUAAAAUGAGAGCCGCAUUCGUUGCUGCGCAGAAAAGAAGAUUAGCCGUCAAUGGCAAUAGUGAUUGA